AUGCAACAAGAGAAGUUGCCGCAAUUUUCAAAUCCAAAAACACAAUCGUUUAUCAACGAUACGUGGUUAAUAGAAAACGAGUUAAAUUUACUUUUUUCAAACAUUUCAAGCAUACUAUCUAUACAAACCCAAAUAACAAUAGCAACCUCAAAUAAAGAUGAAAUGUCAUUAACCACAUCUCGUGAUUCAUUAAUAAGUUUAACGAAGAAUUUAUUAAUUUCAACGAAAAAUAAAAUAAAAUCACUUGAAUUACAAAAUUUAAAAAAUGUUGGAUCUUCUUCGGUUGCGAGUGAUUUUGAAAUUAGGAAUCAACGUAUAAUCCAUAUUAAAGAAAAAUUUCUUAAUUGUCUAGAAACUUAUAAAGAAAUUGAAAAGAAUUAUAUGAAACAGCAAAAAGAACGCUUAAUUAGACAAUAUAAAAUUGUAAAUCCGGACGCAAAUUAUGAUGACCACGUUGAAACCGAUCAGCCUGUUUUUCUUCAAUCUAUAAUGGAUUCCAUAAAUCAACGUCAAAAUGUUGAGGACUCCAAACGCGUUUUGGAAGAAGUGAAUAGACGGCAUGAAGAUAUUAAACAAAUUGAGAGAACUAUUGCCGAAUUAGUUGAAUUAUUUGAAGAAAUGAAAUUACAGGUCGAAAUACAAGAUGAUCAUAUCGUUUCAAUUACAGAUAAUGUACAAACGGUUGAAAAUGACACAAAAGAAGUAACCGAUGAAUUACAUCAUUCUGAGGAAAAUGCUAAAA